AUGUUCCCCUUCCCGCUCCUGCCCUCCUGCGAAAAGCACGACACGCGCCCCGUUUUGCUUGUUGGCGAGGCACGGAUACCACGUCACUUCCCAGAUACCUGCUGUCCCCUUCCCUCUCGCGCCGCGGCGACUGCUGUGUCUCUUUCCCGCCCGGGGCGCGAGGAGCCAUCAGAGCCGGCGGCCGCGCGACGGCGGCUCCCCUUCUUCCUCGUCCGGUCUAGACACCGCCACCGGGCGCUCGCGAGCUCUAGCGGCAGCAGCAGCAGCGGAAUCCGUUCCCGUUCUAGUCCAGCAGCCCUGCAUCAUCUUGUCCUGUGCGCACGGUCAUCUAGGGCGACGGGAGGCUAUGACGUAAUGCAUCUCCCGCGGUUCUUGAGACUUGUGGACCUAUGUGUGCACGGAACACCAGAUUAUGCUCUCAGAUCAAACUACGACCCCCGAGUAUAUCAACCUUCCCGUUCAGUAAACCGGAAGCGCCCCGUCUCCCGCGUCAUCCCGCCCGCACACCGGCUGCCGUCUCCAGAUCAUGAACCGUGGCUUCCUGUUUCUGAAAAGUCCAACCCCUUGACACGUGAUGUCGACCGAGCAUCGGCCAAUCAAAUUGUGCGACUGUUAAAGGCCUGUGAUGCCCAAAUGUUUCAGGCGGAGGCAGGCACCUCCUACCAGAGGCUUUUCAGUGACGCUGUGGUGAAAACCAUGACUGAUGUCGCCAAGAGGGUGGAGCUCAUUCUCAAGGAUCCAGAGGACAGCAUGGUUGUCCUGAGUGGAUGUGGCACCUCUGGUCGACUGGCUUUCCUCAUCGCGACAGGCUUCAACAGAGCACUGAAGGAGCUCAGCCAGAGUCCGCUCUAUUCGUACAUCAUUGCUGGAGGAGACAGGGCUUUGCUUUCCUCCCAGGAGGCCCCUGAGGACGACCCCGCACUGGGCAUGCUCAGCCUGCAGAAGCUGUGUGAGGGGAAGAGGCGGGUCUUGUUCAUCGGUAUUUCCUGCGGCCUGUCUGCUCCAUUUGUUGCAGGACAGCUUGACUUCUGCCUGCAGCACCUUGACGUUUACACUCCUGUGCUGGUUGGCUUCAACCCUGCUUUUCAGGCUCGGGAUGAACCCAUGCCAGGCUGCUCCCUCACUUUUCGCAGUGUGGUUGACAGGAUGCAGGAGCUCGCCACAAGUCAAAAGGCUUUUCUUCUCAACCCAACAGUUGGGCCUGAGGCCAUCAGUGGGUCCUCCAGGAUGAAGGGAGGCAGUGCCACUAAAAUCCUGCUGGAAACUGUCUUAUCUGCCGCCCAUGCUGCUGCCUACACACACACACCUAUCACAUACAAGGGCAUUCUGCAGCACAUGAGAACCUAUGAGAAAACUGUGGACAUCACUUAUGCUCACAGCGGGGAGAUGACUGCUCUGGUGGAGGCAGCAGGAGAGAGUUUGCGGAGUGGGAGGCAGGUGUGUUACCUGGGCUGGGGGUCUCUGGCUGUGCUGGGUCUCAUCGAUGCCAGUGAGUGUAAUCCUACUUUCGGAGCAGACUAUGAUGAUGUCCGAGGCUUCAUCAGUGGAGGCUACAGAGAGCUGAGCAACACUGAGGGUCCCUUGACUUCGCUGGGUCCUGAGUUCUGCAUAUCGCAUGAGGACUUUGUGCAUCUAGUUCUGCCCUCGCUUACUGACCAAGACACUAUUCUACUUAUCUACACACACACUGAGGAUGUGGCUGAAGUUGAGAAGCUGGCACGCAAAGUAAGAGAAAAGUCGUCCAACCUCCAUGCUGUCUAUCACCAGGUUGAUGGAGACACCGCAGCUGCAAGACAAGACCACAUCAGCGGGCUGUGCUCAUCGGUGCUAAAAAUCACAUGGCCAUCACCUGCUUCAGGGAGCUCACUACACAUGCAGUGGGAGCUGUCCACUAAGCUGGUGCUGAACGCUGUGAGCACCGGGGCUCACGUCUUAAAGGGGAAGAUUUACCAGAACCACAUGAUCGACGUCCAGGUCACCAACAGCAAACUGUACCGCAGAGCCACGCGUUUACUGCAGAGGCUGUCCGGUCACCCUGAGGCUCAGUGUGAGGACGCGCUGCUGAAGGCCGUGUACCGAGUGGACGAGCUGACGCCGGCCAUCGCGUCCUCUGACCUCAGCGUGCACACACACACCGCCAGCACCAGGAGCAAGGUGGUCCCUCUUGCGUUGGUCUGCUUGCUGACUGGCUGCUCUCUCUCGGAGGCGGAGGCUCACUUGGGCCGGCAACCAAUAGUACGGGACGCCGUGAAGGCAUGGCUGUCAUAAUCAACACAGCUGCGACAUCAUCCCUGCACACGUGCAUAUAAACGCCUUGAUGUAUUUAUUAAGUGAUAUGAUGAUGUAAUGUAGAAAAUCUAAACAUGCAGAAUCACUGGGAUGG